AUGAGGCGUCGCAAUAUUGUCAAGCAAAUUCUCAUGGAUUCGUCAUCGACCUCAUCCGACGACGACGAACUCAUUGUUGCUACAGCAUUCCAAGUGCACGAUGAAGAUCAGCGUUUGAAUGUUCGACGCCAUGGCGGUUCCGUGCCAGGACAUCGAGUAAUUCAUCGCGGUAGAGAAGCCGGACAUGUGAGACUAUACCAAGACUACUUUUCAGAGCAUCCCACCUACAGCCCAGCUAUCUUUCGGCGUAGAUUUAGAAUGGCUCGUUCUCUGUUUCUUCGUAUAGUACAAUCUAUAGUAGAGCAUGAUAGCUAUUUCAUGCAGAAAAGAAAUAGUGCUGGGAUUCUUGGGUUAUCUCCUUUGCAGAAGAUUACCGCUGCAUUUCGCAUGCUAGCUUAUGGAGUACCAGCGGAUGCUACAGAUGAAUUUAUUCGGAUUGGAGAAAGUACUGCUAUAGAGAGUCUUAAAAGGUUUGUACAAGCUGUUAUGGAAGUAUUUGGUGAUGAGUAUCUGAGAUCUCCAAAUAACAUUGAUACUGCUAGGUUACUAGAAAUGGGAGAAGUAAGAGGUUUUCGCGGUAUGCUAGGGAGCAUAGAUUGCAUGCAUUGGAAGUGGAAAAAUUACCCUGCAGCAUGGCAAGGAAUGUAUACCGGCCAUGUGCAUGAGCCCACAAUUAUUCUGGAAGCCGUUGCUUCACAAGAUCUUUGGAUUUGGCACGCUUUCUUUGGUUUACCAGGGUCUCACAAUGAUAUUAAUGUUCUUCACCGUUCCCCUCUAUUUGCAAAGCUAGCCGAAGGACAAGCUCCAGAAGUGAAUUACACCAUCAAUAGUCACAACUAUACAAUGGGCUAUUACUUGGCAGAUGGCAUAUAUCCACCAUGGGCAACUUUCGUGAAGACAAUAACAUCUCCUCAAGGGAAUAAGAAAAAACUUUUCUCGCAAGCUCAAGAAGGUGCUAGGAAGGAUGUCGAACGAGCAUUUGGAGUUCUACAGGCUCGUUUUGCUAUUGUUCGUGGACCAGCAAGGUUUUGGGAUCAAGAGACACUCGGACAAAUCAUGACAGCUUGCGUCAUCAUGCAUAACAUGAUAAUUGAAGAUGAGCGGGAAGACUUUGAUUACAAUCAUGAGCCGGAAGACUUCCAUUACGAUCAUGAGGGAGAAAGGGUGACAGUUUCUGAUGAGCACUCCCCUGAGCUGUCUCAGUUUAUGGAGUUUAUUAAGAGCAAUCAUAAUAUCAGGGAUCGACAAGCUCAUUCUCAGCUUCAAGAUGAUCUAGUCGAGCACCUAUGGCAACUAUAUGCAGAGUCAUAGUUCUUAUAGUGUAAGCAUCUGCAAUAAUGUAAUCGGAAUCUAUCAAGUAGUGUUUUCAUUA